UGACAAGAAAAUUGUGUCAUCAGAAAGAUCAUUGCUUGUGUAUUCAGCUGUGGGUUUGAUUCCUCAGAUAUUGAAAGAUAGACGUGUUCAUCUUGCCUUGUGCUGCCUGAAAAAUAAAAGGUCAGUGGUAGGAGUUACAUUGAGAUUGCUCUCUCUCUCUCACACUCUCUCUCUCUCUCUCUCACUCUCUCUCUCUCUCUCUCUCUCUCUCUCACACUCUCUCUCUCUCUCUCUCACACACACUCACUCUCUCUCACUCUCACUCACUCUCACUCACUCUCUCUCACUCACUCACUCUCUCUCUCUCACACUCUCUCUCUCUCUCACACACACUCACUCUCUCUCACUCUCACUCACUCACUCACUCUCACUCACUCAUUCUCUCUCUCUCACACUCUCUCUCUCUCUCUCACUCACUCACUCUCUCUCUCACUCACUCUCACACUCUCUCUCACACACUCUCUCAUUCUCUCUCUCACUCUCUCUCUCUCUCACGCUCUCUCUCACUCUCGUCUUUGGUAGGUAAUUUACGCUCAUGCAAUAUGUGCUGUUCAGCUUUCUGUAUGAUCCAUGUUUGCCAUGUUAUAUUAUUUAAUGCAGACGUUAAUAUGGGAUUCAAAAUUAGAUUUACAAACAGUGUAUGAGGAGAAAAUAUAUGAAUAAUAAAAGAUCUGUAUUUAAAUUACUUCUAAACCAUAUUUCCCUUUGCUAAAAACCAGUAUUAUCAUAAAUACAACAGAAGUAUUCUUAUUAGCCUAUGUGUACGAAGGUUUCAUAGGUGUAACUAAUGCAGCAAUAAAACAUUAAGAUUUUAUCACAAUCCGAAGGCACCAAUGUGAGGUAACUAUUCACUGCAUGCUGAAAUUUACUUUUGCUACGCUCUAUUGAAAUGAAACUUUACUGAGUCUUCCUAAGUUCCUCCUAAGUUUUCAUAUGAUUCUUAGGUAAUUAUUUGUUAAAGGUAAACUAUAAGCUAGGAAUACAAAAUUGUAUUGUAAAAGCCUUCUUCACAAUUGCAUUAGGACAACCAAUUUAAUCAAUGCUUUCCUAUGGGUUUUUGACUGACGCUGGAUGUCAUGAUGCAGAGCGUGAUGAUGUCCAGCAACAGUUAGAAGACCAAUAGUCACCUAAUGACCCAGAAGUGCACUAGAAGUGGAGUUAAACCUGCAAUGUAAAUAUUGAGUUCUACCAAUAACUGAAACAAUUACAAUUGCAUGGUUAAACUGACAGGGGCACUCCACACAGGCCACUUCAAUAAGCUGAAGUAGUCUGGGUGGUACAAGUGCAUAUUUGUGCAACAGGCGCUUAAAAGGUGCAAAAAAAAUUAAUUCAAACCAGCUGCUACCAUCUAUGUGUAAAUACUUUCACACAAAAUUACUAAACCUAUAGAAAUGCCAUUGUGUGGUGUAUACACCCACCCCAGUUAUGGUGGAGCACUAUUGGCUAAAAACACUUAUCCCAAAUAUUAAAAGGUAGCACAUCCUACAAAAUACAAACACAUAUAUUGUGCAAUAUUGCCAAUAUUAAAGUGAUAAUUGGUGCUUUAUUAUGGACACACUCACAUUUGAUAGAGCCUAAUCAGGACAGGCUCUAAUCACACGGGGUGAUGUGUACUAUGGUGCCACUGUCCCUCUUCCUCUGUAUGUUGUCAAGCUUGUAGAGUAAAAAAAAAGGGAAGAGAACUCCUUGUGCAGUAUAUUUACCAAAUUUGGUGAGUUAAAUGUAAUAUUGUAAACUGUUCGCCUUAUUUAGAGCCUAUGAAACAUGGACCUAAGUUUGAAGACCCUUGUGCCAAUAGAGGGGACACAAACCCCUCUUGGGCAGCAGGGAGGGUGCAUGUGCCGGUUGGUACCUAUUAUAAUCUGAAAAUUAGCCAAAUUUUCCCCUACAUAUUUGUCAGCCGGCACAUGAUCCCUCCAUGUUGUAAGCCCGAAACUCACGUAGUAAAGAGCUAGCCUUAUAAAUAAUUAAGUAAAUCCCCCUAUGCCCCACCAUAUGAAGUGGCAGAAUAGGGGAGCCCAGUAGGAGAUAACCAAAAGAAAAUUAAAACAAGUAAGUCAGAGGCUAAAGUUAUUAGAAGUUGUCAAACGUUCAAGCGAAGUCUAAGAUCCUCCUGGCUUAAGAGACACACUAAUUUGCACCUAAUUUGAUUUAUAUUUAUAGCUUUGUUGGCUCUCUGGAUGCUCAAUAGACCUCCAAGAACUGUAUAUAAAAACUUGAUUCGUCUUGCAGAACUUUGACUACUAGACAGCAAUUUUUCACUUAAUGGUUUAGUGACAUCUACUGGCUCAUUGGGAACAUUGUUAUCCACACAGCAUGUAUAUCUUCACAAAUUUUCAAACCAUUAUAUGUAGUAUUUACCAAUUUGUUUUAUAUUUUAUUAUUUUUCAUUUGAGUAUCAUUAUUACUACUAGCAUUAUUAACCUUGAUUGUGCACUAUUGUCUCCCAUCUCCGGCCUCCACCCAUUAACAGUAGGUCGGGGCCCUAAGUGACAAAAGGGGGGACCUAUUGUCCGCCCACCCAUUGGAGACGGGUGGGGACUAAUUGUAAAAAUAAAGCCCUCCCAAGAUAAGGGGUCCCCAAACCUCUAGUCACCCAACCCACUGACUAGAGGUCCCCAAGAGGUCCCCAAGAGGUCCCCAGAAAUCAUACUUACCAUUAGAUGUCUGCAAGGCUCAAGAUUUACCUGUCAGAGCACUCACAUUGCAAGGUGUGGGAAGGCUUUAUAAGGGGUCCCCAAACCUCUAGUCACCAAACCCAGUGACUAGAGGUCCCCAAGAGGACCCCAGAAAUCAUACUUACCAUUAGAUGUCUGCAAGGCUCAAGAUUUACCUGUCAGAGCACUCAAAUUGCAAGGUGUGGGAAGGCUUUAUAAGUCUUUCCACACCCUGCGGAGCUCAGUCUGCAUGAAGCCUGGGUUGUUUUUUUAUCGUUGAGAUUUUUUUUCCACUGUAUUGGUUAUUUUUUUGUGAUCAGGUCUUUUUUUAUUUUAUUAGUUUGUUGAGAUUUAUACAUUUUUAUUUAGCCUUUUUUUGGACUGAAAAAAAGAAGAUUUUAGAAAAAAGAAGACAUCUAAUGGUAAGUGUGGCGGAUAAGUGUUGUAUCACCGCCAAGGAUUCCCUUUCCUGUAGUGUUAUAACUCCUUCCAGACACAGUAGGGAAUAUAGCUCAUAUAGCUUCCCCCCCAUACAUUAGUCCAAACUUAAUGUUGGGAGUAGAUCUGGUUUAUUCAGGCAAGCCACACAGAAUUUAAUAAAAUAAAACAACACAAUCCCCUCCCAGGCAUCUCUGUGUCUGGGAGAUAAUUUAGUCAAAGAACUAAAUCAAUUAUCUCUCAGUUACAGGGAACCAUACAGAAAUAAUACAAAAACACCCCAAAACCACAUUCAAAUUACACACGAACCCCACAUGUCUUAUAUCCCCAAAUAGACUGAAAUCAAGCCCCAUGUUGUCCAAACAGCGCUCAGAUCAGGGGGUGGUCUGAGUUCGCGGGUAUAAAAAAGGGGGAAACAAGUCUCCGUUCGGGAAAUGAACAAGGGGGUACGGAAGACCAAACUGAAAAAGGACCAAGGCUGGAGGAGAAUAAAACAAGUGAUGGGGUGUUUUGUCACACUGCUCCUGUGACGGACCACCUGGUGCCCCGACUGGGUACCUCCGUCAAGCUAACUUCCUAGCUCUCCUCUGGGACCCAGGAGUGCUUCAGCCCCAAGCCACUGCAGCUUGGCUGGGGUCUCUCCAUCACUUCCUGCCCUGGAACAGGGUCCUAGGUACAGCUUCAAAUGAUUAAGCUCUCCUGCAGAGAGUAUAGCUGAUCCACCCAAACAGUAGCCCAGACACAGUGAAGGGUGUAAAGAAACUAGCUUUUAUAGACAGCUCCCAGCAUGGGGUCUCUAUUCAAUGCAAGAAAAGCCCCUCCCAUAAAUCUAUGUGCCUGGGAGAUAAUUGCAUAAAAGACCAGUAGCCUAAUUAUCUCCCAGGAACAGAGAGGCAAAAAAACAUAAAAAUACCCCAAAACAUCAUAAACAUAUGGGUUUGGUUCAUGUGAACGGCCACCAGAGAGCCAGCGUUCGGUUCCAUUCGCAUGAAGGGAAAGUGCCGAACCAGGGCAAGCUACUAAUGGCGGCUGGAGAGGUUUAACUCCAGAACAGGGUCUUUGUAUAUGGCCCAUAGUCCUUCGGCAGGAGGCUAGCUAGCAGGCUCCUUCAGGAGCUCAUGGCAUAGGUACAUUUUCCACAGCUCCCCCCUUGGAUAUUGCUCCGGCAACUUGGAGAUUGUAGUUGAGCUCCCUGUACCCCAGCUGGGUACCUCCGGCAAGGUCCGCUUCCUAGCUGGAACAGGGGAAAACCUCAGUGCUUCUGCCCCUCCUAGGAAUCUCUGGGCCUGGGAGAUAAUUGCGUUAAAGACCGGUAAACUAAUUAUCUCCCAGGAACAGAGAGCCAAACACAAAAAUAUAAAAACAUAAAAGUACCCAAAAACAUAAUAAAAAUAUAAAAUAACCCUACAAAUAAUACAUCUUUAAAUAGCCCUGAUCUGAGAGCCCAAGUUCUCUAAAUAGCGCUCAGUGUAGGGGAAAGGCCACUGUGUUAAAGUUAUGACCGGCCGCACACGUGGUCGUAUGCCCAAAAUAGUUCCAGGGCGUUUGGUGCUUUUGCCUGUCAACUUUCAGGAGCUCCUGCGGCUGCAAUAUGGGGUGCCGCGCCUGGCUUUCAGGAAGCAUUUGUUCCCUUUAGUCUUAGGCACCUUUCCUCCAGAAAAGCACUCACCUGGCAGAUUUCAAAGUGGUUAAAAAUCGCGUACCAAGUUGUCCGGGAACCACACAGUCGCCGAAAACCGUUCCAUAACAUUCGCGGCUACGCUGAGGUGACCGGGAACCCACAAAGUCCUCACACCGAAAUUAGUUCUAUAGUGGUCGCGGCUAAGUACCGCUGAGGACUAUUCGAGGGUUUGGUUCAUGUGAACGGCCGCCAGGGAGCUAGCAUUCGGUUCCAUUCGCAAGAUGCUUCCAUGUUUUCACUGGUGGCAUUUUUGAGGAAGUGGGGAAACCAGGAAGAAAAGUGCUCAAUUAUUAGCCUAGGAUGACUGGGGGGGCGGUAGAUGAUAGCAAUUCUUAAAGGAGUGGGUUUAAAUAAGCAGACAGUGUGAACUUCAAAAGGAAAGGAUAGGACAGGGGGAUUUAUGAUUGGUUGAAAGGUACAUUGAGGGGAGAGAAGGAUGCCUGCACCACCUCCUUUACAGUAGAGUCUGUGAGUGUGAGAGAAUUGUAGCCCACCAAAACAUAAAGAGGCAGGAGUAGCACUAUCGGAAUGGGGCAGCCAGGUCUCUGUAAGUGCAAGUAGUGUGAGUGAGUUUGAGAUGGAAAAGUCGUGUAUGGCUGUUGAUUUUAAAUUACUGCAGAUGGAGCUGACGUUCCAAAGUGCACACUGAAUGUUGGUAAGUGAGGGUAUUGUGAUGAGAUUUGUGGGGUUUCUGGUUUUCUUAGUGUGUGUAGAGAAGGUGAUAAUUCUGAAAUCAGCCUUUGCUUAUUGCAGACAAUCAGCUGAUGGGGCACAGAUUUUCUUACAGCAGUAUUGGGGCUUGAUAGUUCUGAAUUCAGGCUUUGCUUAUUGCAGACAUACUUGAACACAUGGCUUAGCAAACUAAUUUGUUUGUCAUGCAGUAUCGUUCUGCACAUUAUAAUAAAAGUAAUAUGUGGCAACCCACAGAUGUUGCACAGAUGAAACGGCUCUAGUCUUUAAACCAAGUGAUGGGUAUAGUAAAAAAAACCCAGUAUCAAGUCUUACUGGCACAAGCACAGUAUCCUGACUACACCUCUUUUGCCUGAGAUUAUGAAGAAGAAUCGCUACAUGCAACUACUGCAAUGCCUUCAUUUUAAUGACAACAUGUCCCCCUAGAAACAACCCAUUGUUUGACAGGCUCUGUAAAAUUUGUCCCUUUAUCCAACUCCUGUCAGACAUAUUUUCUCAAAUGUAUGUCUCCGAUCAAAACAUUUCAAUUGAAGAGUCUCUAAAGAAAUACAAAGGUAGACUGCUUUUUAAACAUCAUAUACCAUCUAAGCGGUCCUGAUAUAACGUCAAAUUUAAUAAAUUAUGCAAAUCCUGUACUGGUUACACAUGGGUGUUUUGCAUUUAUCAAGGGAAGGAUAGCCACCUUGACCUAUCAGGAUGCCCUGAUUCUGUUUGUACAAGUGGCAAGAGUGUGUUGGAUCUAAUCCAUUCCUUGUUAAAUAAGGGUUACAAGCUAUGGCUUGAAAACUAUUACAUCAGUAUAGAAUUAUUUAAAAAUGUAUUUUGUUUUGAAACCCUAGCUAUAUAUAUAUAUGUAUUAAGGCAAUGACACUCCCACCACACCACAUUUUAACAUUUAUUUUCUAUUUUCUUUCCCUGGGUAGGCCCUCUUCUUUCUCAGGCCUACCUCAUCGUCGGUUCCGGCACACCACAACCGACUUGCUCUUUUUACUAUCCUACAUUUAUUUAUGGUAUUUCACACUGUACUAUCAUAAGCACCUAACACAAAUAUAUAUUUAUAAAGGGGUAGGGUAGACAAUAAGUAACACAAAACAUCUCUCCUGCCUGCAGAAUUAGCAAUAUGCAAAUCUACCAGAAUAUGCAAAAUAACAAGCCUUGCUAAUCAGGUAGUGCAUAUAACUGUUGCUACCAACAGAGGGUGCUAUACAGGCUCCAUAGCCAAAUCCACGUAGUUGGUAACAAGCAUCAGCACGACAGGAGAGCACACAAAACAGUUAACAAUAUACAAACACAUUAUAAAUACCCUGCACCUAUAAUGGGCACAGGGUGACUUUGACAUUUUAGGGACCUUUGUAAAGUGUCCUUCUGCUCCCAGGGAUGGUGACUAUCGUUACACCUGCACUGACCUAUUGGCUUGUUUUACCGACUUCUCUGAUUUCUGGAUUCCCCUGACUUUGACCUGUCCCUGGUUAAGUUAGCAAUUCUAAAGUGGCUACACCAAACAAUUCAAAAUACUAGAUUUGUAGUACUUUUUAAAAUGUUAUGCUAUCUUGGGGGCAAUUUUCUUUCUUAGGGUGGUCUCUUAAGCUCUCUCAAAGACGACAUAGGGCAGAAAAUCACUUUAUAAAUGCUUUAGGUUGAAAAGGGCAACUAAUAUAUUUCACACUGUGACUUAAAAAAACUCUAAUCACAGUGUUAAUGCUGUGAUUAGCACUGAAAGGGUUAGUAAAAUCACUUUUUUUAAAAUCUUCACACACAGUUUUCAGACAAUUACUAUCUGCCUCUCUCCCCUUAGAUCAGAGUGUAUGUGGGGGUACUGUUAUAUUUGUUGCUAUAUAAAAACCUGUAAAACUGGUACAUGGAGGUCAUGUUAUAUUCAGGAGACAAUGUUAAAUCAAAAUUCUUAGGCUUUAUUACACUAACUCAUAACAGGAAUAUGAAAUCAAUGUCCUGUGAAUAUUGAGUUCAUGUGUGUGAAGAAGCACAAAUAAAACUAUAACCACAAUAUGGGCCCUACAUUUCUAAAAAAAAAAAAAGUGGUUAGACCAAACAUCUCAGAAUAUGCCAUUUGGAAUACUCCGGGUUGCCUACAUUUAAAUAUGGUAUGCCAUUAUUUUGGAAAUGCUAUUACCCAGGCUGCUAUAAUCUCUCAAAGGCGAGAUAGACCCAGCAAACCAACCUGGCGAAUUGUCAAUGUGUAAAACCAUAAAUGGACAAGCCGUAUAUUUGACCCCGUAAAUUUUCAAAAUCCCAUAAAACCUAUAAAUGGGUAAAACCUAUAAAUGAAUGCAGAGUGGGUGUCAGUAUAGUGAAUCCAGAGUAUUUGCAUAGUUUAGUGAAUGCAGAGUGUGUGUUAGUGUGUAAUGAAUGCAGAGUGUGUGUUAGUGUGUAGUGAAUGCAGAGUGUGUCAGUGUAAUGAAUGUAGUGUGUGUGUUAGUGCAGUGAAUGCAGAGUGUGUGUAAAUUUGUAGUGAAUGCAGAGUGUGUGUUAAUGUGUAGUGAAUGCAGAGAGUGUGUUAGUGUGUAGCGGAUGCAGAGUGUGUGUUAGUGUAGCGGAUGCAGAGUGUGUGUUGUGUUAGUGUAUGCAGUGUGUGUGUGUUGUGCUAGGGUAUGCAGUGUGUGUGUUGUGUUAAUGUAUGCAGUGUGUGUGUGUGUUGUGUUAGUGUAUGCAGUGUGUGUUGUUAGUGUAUGCAGUGUGUGUUUUGUUAGUGUAUGCAGUGUGUGUGUGUUGUGUUAGUGUAUGCAGUGUGUGUGUUGUGUAAGUGUAUGCAGUGUGUGUGUGUGUGUUGUGUUAGUGUAUGCAGUGUGUGUUUGUUGUGUUAGUGUAUGCAGUGUGUGUUGGGUUAGUGUAUGCAGUGUGUGUGUUGUGUUAGUGUAUGCAGUGUGUUGUGUUAGUGUAUGCAGUGUGUGUGUGUUGUGUUAGUGUAUGCAGUGUGUGUUGUGUUAGUGUAUGCAGUGUGUGUGUUGUAUUAAUGUAUGCAGUGUGUGUUGUGUUAGUGUAUGCAGUGUGUGUGUUGUGUUAGUGUAUGCAGUGUGUGUUGUGUUAGUGUAUGCAGUGUGUGUGUGUAAAUGUGUGAUCUGGGGGGGGAGGGGGAGGAAGGGGCAUUUUAACAUUAAUUUUUAAUUAAUUGAAUUAAAUGUUUCUCCCCCCUCCCUGCUUACCUGUGUCCAGGGAGGGGGGAGAUUCCAUCCGUGGUGGUCCGGUGGGGGGGGCCCCCCGGCUCCCUGUUACCGUCCGCAGAGGGGGCCCAGGCAGCACACAGCUUCUCCUCCUCUCUUCUUUCUUCUAAUAACUCUCGCGAGACCCGCGGAGCGUUGCCAUGGUAACCGGGUCUCGCGAGAGUUAUGAGAAGAGAGAAGAGAGGAGAAGCUGUGUGCUGCCUGGCUGGGCCCCCUCUGCGGUAACAGGGAGCAGGGGGCCCGCGGCUGCACACAUAGAUAGCGAUAUUCGCUAUCUAUGUGUGCAGAAAGGGAAAGUGGGGCCCAGGACUGCCAGAGCAGUCCGGGCCCCCCAGGGCCGUCGGGCCCAUGACAACAGUCACGGUUGUCACCCCCUGAUGGCGGCCCUGGGUGGGAGAGAGAGGGGACCUGCAGUGCCAGGAAAACGGAUUGUUUUCCUGGCAUUGGAGUUUCCCUUUAAUUGUGACGUCUGCUGAGCUUGAACAAAAGUUGACAAUGGAGCUCCGCCUUUUUUCUGUCAACUUUUUAGAUUGACAAGCCGCACAUUUUUAGAUUGCGUUUGAACUUGAAAUCAGUCUGUUAAUAAAAGGUAAAAAAAAAAAAAAGAACAAGCUUGUGUCGGACACCCUGUUCUCUAUACCCCUGAUUCAUUACCUUCCCUUUCCAAAAAUGUUUACUGCCGAAAAUGUUUCUCUCUGGCCGUCACUCGGCUACAAAAUCCCCGAACAGUCCCCAGCCGUGAACCUUUUGGAAAUCGGAUACGACUACUUGACCUCGCGGCUCCCGGUCACCUUGAGCCACUGUUUUGCCCCUCUUGCCGACAUGCCAGGAGAGCACUUUUGGAGGGAAGAUACUACAGACUAAUUGGAACAAUUGAACCCUGAGAACCAGGGGGAGCCCUCUUUCCAUUGACCGCAGGAGCUCCUGCUAUUUGACAGGCCCCAGCUACAAUUAUGCUGAAGCUAUUUUGGGCUAAGUCCUCGUGUGCGGCUAGUCAGAACUUUACCCUGGUGGUCAUAUGACAAUUCUUUAUGGAUCCGGGCACUAUUUUGCCAACAUGGGUUUUCGAACCAGAGGAUGUAUUAUAUGUGUGGUUUCUGAGAGUUCUUACUGUGUUUUGGGGUGUUUUUAUGUUAGGCACUUUGUAUCCGUAAGAUAAUUAAUUAGCAACUUAAUUAUCUCCCGGACACAGAGGCGCCUGUACGGGGCACUGUAUGCAUUGAAUGGUCUGUGCAAAAAAGACUGCAUUUGGCUCAAUAAAAUUAGUUGUACUCUCAGAACUAUGUGUCGUCUAGUUACUGGGGGAAAUAGAGCUAUUCACUACAGAGUGCUUUUUCCAGCUUCGAGGAGAUUCGGCGGAGAUACCCAGUCGGAGUAUUGGACCUCCGCUACAAAGCUUAAAGAAAUAUCGUAUACAAAAAUGUAUUUAACAUUUUUUACUGAAUUGCAAUUGAAUCAAACUUAAAUUAAUAUAAUAAAUUACACUAAAAUUAAUCUAAUAAUUUCAGUUAUUAAAUUUCAACUAAGUAAGUGGAAACUUGAUGGCAAUUUAUUUAAAAUUGCUGAAAUUAAUUUUUGUAUUUUCUAUUUCUUUAAGCUAAGUGAUAUCCUGAAAUCAGACCGAAUUAACCUGAACCCAAGAUCCAACAAGAAAUAGAGUCAGCAGGAUACUCUGUAUCCCCGGUCCUUUGACCAGGGUUAACGGGAAGAUUAUAGUAGGUAAUACUACAAAAACAGUGGAAUACACAAGCCAAGGUCAAAAAGUAAAAAGGAAUUAGGAUAAAUGAUAUUAUUAGCUAAAGGCCGGGAAGUGGAGAAGGCAGAGAGAUUAGUAAUAAGCCAAGGUUAAUAACGUAAAUCAGACAGUUAACAAGGUAUUGAGUAAAAAAGAACAACAAGAUACCUGACUACCAAGGAAAAUGGUUUAAAGGAACACUAUAGUCACCAGAACAACAACAGCUUAUUGUAUUUGUUCUGGUGAGUAUAAUCAUUCCAUUCAGGCUUUUUGCAGUAAACACUGUUUUAUUUAGAGAAAAUGCAAUGUUUACAUUACAGCCUAGGGAUACCUCCAUUAGGCACUCCUCAGAUGGCUGCUAGAGGUGCUUCCUGGGGCAAUGCUGCACAGUGUGCAGCACUGACAUUCAGUGUCUCCACCCACUGCAUUAAGACACUGAACUUUCCUCAUAGAGAUGCAUUGAUUUGAUGCAUCUCUAUGAGGAGAUGCUGAUUUGCAGGGUUGUGUUUGGCUUGUGCUGGCUCUGCCCCUGAUCUGCCUCCUUGACAAGCUCAGCCAAUCCAAGACUUUCCUAUGGGAAAGCAUUAAGAUGAUGCCAGCCAAGGAUGCAUAUCAGGGGCAGAUCCAAUAAAGAUAAGAUUUUUUUAUAUAUAGGGUAGAUGUAAGGCUGGGGUGGGGUGGGGUGGGGUGGAGAGGGGGUAGAUUGUGUUUUUAACACUACAGGGUAAGGAAUACAUGUUUCUGUCCCUAUAGUGUUACUUUAAAUAGGGUACAUUUUCUCAGUCAAUAUCAUUCCUGUGCAUCAAUCAUGUGUGAAGAUUGAGGCUUGCGAGUCACAUCAAUUUGAACACAUUAAUGAUGCGACCACUCAUUUGUGUAAAAGUCCAAAGGGGCACAGAAUGCAGAAUUAAAAUGAACACCAGAAUAAUGAACAGGGCAUCUAUACACAGAAACACAUGGCAGUAAUAAAUCAAGGGGGCUUUGCCGCCACCCCGCUUUAGUUUCCUGGUGUCCCUUAUCUGGGGACACUAGGGAACUGCCCCUGGGCAGCAAAGCCCAAGCACAUCAUGUGCAAGCUGUGCAACAGGCACUACGACCAUGUAGGGAGCUCUUCAGCACCACUCCCUGCCCAGUACUUGUCACGGGAGAUGGGACUCCUCAUACGUGUUCCCUUAAUUAUACUUUGUAUCGUCUAAUGUUUCCCUGCAUUUGAAUGGAAUUGUUCCCUAUUGUUCGAUUACCGAAGAGAUUCUGUGGGGUCCCCUUGUUCGCAAAUCAUGUUUAGGCUGGAUUGGAAGAUUCUAAAUAUGAUCAAAAUUAGGCUUGAGUAUUAAUCUGUGGAUAGGUAUUAAUGUCUCUUUUGGAUAUGAUAUUGGAACACCAUGCUUGUUCAUGUCAAAGGACUCCUUAUCUAUGAGGGAAUCAAGACAUAUGGCAAAUGAGAGAGUUAAUUUAUGCUGACACCAGACUCCCAGGCCACUUAUGUUGACUUCUCACACCUUACAGAGUAGCUCUGGUGGGGUCCCACUUCAAAGAGAAAUUUAGGUUGUUAGCUCUGACCUCCCAUACAAUCAAAUCAACCCCUUUUGAAAUUAUCAAUACCACCUCUACCAGGAAGCCAGUUCAUUUAUGCACGAACAUAACUUUCAUUUUACCAAACCGAUCUGAGCGCGUUUUGGAUAUGUUGUGCGCUCAGAUCAGGACUAUUCGGGAAUAUAAUUUUUGUGGGGUUCCAAUGCUGUUGUCAUGUCUUUUUGUGAUAUGUAAAAAUUGUAUGUAAGUUUUCCUAUUUGAGAGAUAAUUGGAUUAACUUGAAUUGGAGCUCAAGUAUCUCUCAAACACAAUGGCUUGUGGGAAGGAAACCCAAUGCUAGUGGCACUGCAUAAGAAGCCGAGUAUGACCCCGCUUUGUAAGGUGUUGGUGUUUUAGAAAUUAAUAAAACAUAGUAUGUUUAUAAUAUUUCUACGUUUAAUAUUUUGUUUAUGUUUUAGAGUUGAAUUCCUCCUGAUUAUGUGUUGUACAUACUGUGUGUUGCUUUCAUGCUAUGUGCUUUCACUGAAACUGUGUGACAGCAACUUUUACCUUAUAAAGUGUGACAUCUCUUGUAAGCCAUGUACCAGCCAUGUAAGCCAUGUAAACCAUGUACACAGCAUUACAAGGGUUGACCUGCGUUGCCUAUGGUUUGGCAUCCUGGGAUUAACCUGAAUUUUCUUUUUGUGUGUGUGUGUUUAGCAUUUAUAUUUGUUUGGACUAUAACUUGAGCGUUGUUAGGGCUGUGUGAUGUAACACCUUAACAGAGAAUCUCUACUGUGCCUGCAGCCAGAACUUGGUAUUACAACUUUUGGGACCCUAAUGAACCUAAAAUAUUUGGUGCUGCUGCCCAUCCCCACAGAAACAAAAUAGUAACACAAGAAAUAAAAUUAAACUAAACUCUUUUUAAGAAUAAUUAUAAAACACGGUCAAAAGACUAUUUUGUAAGAUGUAUCUAACAUUGACGGAAAUAUUUUUUUAAGACAUGUAGUCAUGUUUCUUAUUUUAAAUAUUGUUUAAUGAAUGUAAACAUGAUUGAUAUUGUUUCAUAUGUAUUUCUAAAUAAUGGACGCAAUGUGUUUUAGAUAUCAGGAAAAUAAGAUAGAUUUGUUUUCAGUUGUUGGAUUGUCCAAAUAAAUUAACCUUAAAUUAUAUUCAUAAUGAUAACUAGAAAGAGUUGUGAUAUUAAAUGUUAUUUGUUUUUUAAUUUCAGCAUCAAGCAACAUGGAGUCAUCAAAUGAUAUCCGUAAGAAAUUAUGCUAAAAACGUGAAAUAUAUUAGUUUUAUUUUUAACAUGCUAUUUAUUUUAAAUGUCUAAAAAUGACCAUAUCAAUAACUGCACACAAAAUAAAAAUGGAAAUAUGAGCACUAACUAAGAAUUUGUAAAACAAAUGUGUAUGUUUGUCUUAUUCAUAUUGCUUUCCAUGCAUAAUAAUAAUUUGGGGAUUGAGGAUUGAAUAUGUCAACAAACAAGACAAUUAGUCAAACAGAAAGUUAAAUAAAAAAAAAACAUAACUUUGAUUGUAAACCAAACUUUAGCCAAAAUGAUCAAAUCUGCAAACAAAAAAAAACCUCAUCAGAAAUAAGCGGACUGUAAAGUUCGGGUUUGUACCGAACAUUAAGUUUUUUUGGACCCCGGACCUGAACGUUGACAUAUCAGUGUAUGUUCGGGUUGGAGUUCGGUGUUCGGCGAUUUAAUGGCGCGUUUUGAAAGGCUGCAGGGCAGCCAAUCAACAAGCGUUUGACUUGUGUGCCCUUAGAAGCCAUCACAGCCAUGCCUGUGAUUGGCCAGUGUUGACCCAGCAUGUGACCCAGCCUCUAUAUAUAAGCUGGAGUCGCGUAGUGCCGCACGCACAUGAGCUCUUAUUAGUGUAGGGAGAGGAUGCUGCAGCUGUUAGGGACAGAUUAGGAAAGAAUUCUGGUGUUGAAUCUGCAAACUACAGCGAUUAUUCAAACUACAGCGAUUAUUUUUGUGGGUGCUAUACUACAUUUUUGUACCCUGCCCUGAGCCCAGUGCCACAGAGAGUGCAGUGCACUUGCAACUGCAUGUGUGCCAGGCACAUUACUUUAAUCCUGUUCUGGUAGCUCAGUGGGCAACAUCUAGGCAUUUUUAAAUACUGCAAAUUUUUGGGUGCUAAAUAGUACAUUUGCGUACUACAUUUCUUGCAAUCCAAUAAAACUCUUAAAUACUACUGAUACAUUGUUGGUUUAAAAAAAUCAAACUUUUUGGUGCUAAAUAGUACAUUUGCGUACUACAUUUCUUGCAAUCCAAUAAAACUCUUAGAUACUACUGUUACAUUGUUGGUUUAAAAAAUCUAACUUUUUGGUGCUAAAUAGUACAUUUGCAGCCUGCAGUGCACUUCAUAUCUGAGAGUCAAAUAGAACCGUCAAAUAUUGUGCUUACAUUGCAGUUUUAAAAAUUCAAAUGAAUAAUAGUGGGUGGAAAAGCCUACAUGUACUAGGACAUCUCUUACCAGAUGCUACAAACUGUUGGGAAUAAUCUUAUAAAAGAUAAUCUAAGCAGAACGUUAAAAACGCUAAAAUAUACAAUAGGAACCACUUAUAAGCACAUAAAUUGAUAGAAUAAUGAAAUACAAAAAUACAAAAAAUCUUUGAAUACAGAAAAACAGUGAUUGCGAUAUAAAUAAAUUCACUAGGUGGCAGCCUUGUAUCAAAAAAAUCUUUGGUAUAGAGGGAAUCUUCCACUAAACAACGAAAAAUCUUAAUAUAUUAAAAAAUGGGAAAAAACCUUAGGAUUUGUAGGUAUUAUCAUUAUUAAUGAAUGGAAUGGAUUAGCAGGGUCUGGUGCAGGGUAACCGCACGCCCCCUGGUGUUGAGCACCAGCGUUUGUGCAGCCACAUACCAGGACCCUGAUGCAGCUUCAGCAAGCAGCAGCAGGCGAUAGUGGAGUUUCAGCUGCAGUACUCACGGGUCAGUCGCUCUGCACCAGACUUGCCCUCCAAUUGAUCCAAGUUAAAGGAUUUAAAGUGGACUCAUUACAAUUACAGGGCCUCGAAAGAGUAGUGUAUUGUUAUUUGUCAUCACUACCUCCCCGCAUUGGGAGUGGGUAAUUUGUGCGCCUGCUGCCUUCCUUGCAUGUGGUAGCCGUUUCUCAGGCUCCCUCUCUGGAAUCGAACCCUGAUUCCCCGUUACCCAUGGUCACCAUGGUAGGUGCGGAAAAUUGCAUCGAAAGUUGAUAGGGCAGACAUCCGAAUGCGUUGUUGCCGUCACGGGGAUGUGCGAUCGGCACGAGGUUAUCCCAGACAAGCGCAGCCGCCUGUCCACAGCCAAUGUGGACAAGCUCACGUUUAUCAAAAUGAACCAGGCAGAAUAGACAUUUAUACCGGCCUCACCCAGCCAUUGUUAUACUCAAGUGCACUUACUAUUUUUUUUCUUUUUUUAUGUCCCAAUAUUUUGGGGGCUACCCCAAUAAAAAAAAUAUAUAUAUAAAAAAAAAAAACAGUGUUGGUUACCUCCUCUGCCUCCACCGCCUCUUCCACCUACACCGCCACAGUCACCGCCUCCUCAACCUCCUACUCCACAUCCACCUCCUCCUAGAGCAGGGUGCAAAAGCGGAGCGGCCAUCCCCUAGACAGUGUGCCUGCUACUGCCCACCGCACCCAGGGACCAAGCACACUAAAGCCUGCUCCAAGGAAUUCCCUGGCGUGGAAGUUCUUAGUUUUAGAAACUAGUGGUCCUUUAAGGCUAAGGGAGGAUUAGAAAUAGCAUCCAAGUCAUAGCAUCACAGAUAAUGUUACCAUCAAAUAGCGUACAUGGGAGGCAAGUAAAGAGGCAAACUGUUAAGAUAUUAAUAGUUAAAUAUCCUGAUGGACCUAUUUUCUACAAAUAUAUAUUCUAUAUAUUUUUGUAUAUAAACCCUGUGACUGCUAUUACAGUUUAUCUAAAUUGCAUGCUGAUACUUAAAGAUUUAAUUUUAAAACCACAAUUCACUGCUUGCCAUAUUUGUCAAUAGCUUCCAAAAUGUUCUAAACAUAUAUAUAUAUGAUUUUGUUUUUAUUUUUUACACAUUCCCAUGUUUUUAUUAUGUUUAUAACUAGCAGUUUGUUAAGUAUACUUAUAAUCCUGUUGGUCCUUUAAAAACUGUAUAGGUUAUAUUAUGUGUGCAAAGUGUUAAAUUAUGGUGGAACAAACAACAAUAAUAUUAAAAAGCCUAAAUUAUUAAGAGGGUAAAAGUACAAAGUCACAACACUGAAAAGAACAUUAAUGUUAUGAAUGAAUGAAAUGUACUUAAAGGAGCACUUUGAGCACCACAACUACUACAGUGCAAUGUAGUGAUUAUGGUUCUAAGGGUGCCCUGGUGACCUCCCAAUGUAAGCAAAGGUUUUAAAAAUGAUUUGACUUCUAACCUGGUGUUUGUCAAGCACUGCUCUAGCUGGAAGUUCUAUGUCAAGUAGGUCAGGAUAGCUAAUGGAAGCUCCUGAAGGCUGAGAAGAUGCAAGUAGCCUCAGCUGACAGACCCCGAGUAAGAAGCCAAACUUUUCUAAAAUGGUUUGACAACUUACAAUGGGGGCACACCAGGGCACUCCUGGCAUUAUAACCACCACAGUGUAUUGUGAUGGUUCUAGUGUUUGGAGUGCUCCUGUAACACAUGGAAAAUGACAUAGUGUAAUUACAAGUAUUUUGAAAACAAAUUAACCACUAAAUAAAUGAAUAUGGUCUGUAGAUAGUUUCAUGCGUUAUUAAUUAUAUAUAAAGCUGCUGUGUUACCAAAUAAGAAUAAUAAUAAUGGUCAAUCUGUGCCAUGGGUGCAAUCUGUGGCAGUCAAAUCCUCUGAGGUGGUACUAGAGACCAUGGUAAACAUGGAUUGCUAUAGAACUUAAUGCCCCAUGGUACCAUCAUGGUGGAAACGUUAAACAAAAUGGAAGGGAAAAGAAAAUCUAUGCUUAGACUGGACAGUGAAGUAACAGGAAAGGAUGAAUGAAAAUGAGUCUGGGCACAGAGAGUUAUUACAUGGUUUCUACCCAAAAUAUAGCACUUCCAACUUUCUACCAUCACUGAACCAAAGGGCACCAUUCAUCCACAAACAAAAAUCUAGAUAAGAAUCUGCCAGUUAAUUGGCUACAUUUAUUAAAAACAAACAACAACUGCAGGUGUAAAUGGCCAGAUUAAAAUGAAUGAGAGAAACAGCAGUUUCUUUGAUAAUUGCUCCACAGUUUGCUCUUUGCCUCAGAACUGCUCUUUACAUGUAUGUAUAUACCAAUAGGACCAAACAAACAUGCAGUGUUAAGAAUUAUAUUUUACUGUUAAAUAUGAUGUAUUGCCUCCCAAAAGAACCUUUAUUAAGCUUGUCUGGAUGAGAGGAGCACUACUAAAGUAGCAAUGUGGUCGAACAUUGCCUUCUGGCUCACUAUAUAGUAUAUUUUUAAAGCCAUUGCUUAUACAUUUACUAACAGAUUAAACUUUUUGUAUUGCUUAUAUUGCAGGUAGCCAACUUGUUGGAAUAUGUAUAUGGCUUGGAAUAAGCAUUGCUAUGAUUAUAAUGGGUAAGUGAAGUAUACUAGCUGUAGUUGACAUGGCUCUUUGUAGCCAAUUCUGUUACUAGAUACAUUACAUCUAUCAAGUCAUUUAUGGGUCUGUUCACUAAACAUUACAUUUUAUCCAUACACAUCAUAUUUUACCACUCAAAUUAGAUUUGAUUAGCAGCAUUCACAUGACUCACUUGCAUUUCAUGAACAUUAUACACCUCACCAAAACUCACGUUUUUAAAGGUACAGGACUUAGGGCAGGCAUGAUGACAGAAAUUCUAGGUUUAAACACCAAUCUUUUUAAAAGAGUUCAUAAAUAAUGUGGUUGUAUGUCUGGCCCAUAAAUAUAUAUAUUUUUUUAAUUUGACAGUUGUUAUUGAUUUUUCGGGGGUACAGAAGAAAGAUAGGGUGAGGGGGGAAACAACAAUCCUGACAUCGUCUUGUUUGGGUUCGGCUUGUCUUCACAUGUAUUGUAUUCUCUAAGCUUCAUUUAUCUUUUCGGUGAGUGGUAGUUCGGGUGCAGAAAGGGAUGGGGGAGGGGUACAGAAAGAAAAUGGGAAGUUAAGGGGGAAGGGGAGAGGAGGGCGGGAUCCGACACAUUAAUUUUUACUGGUCGUGUUACCUUGCCAUACUAACCAGUGUCACCCUUAUGACCUAUUUUCUUUCCCUCUUGUCACUCGGAUCGACCGUCUCUAGGGCCACUCAGUGGCCUAUUCUCCUAGUCUAGUUACCAACUUUUUGUGAUCCUUUCUAGCUUUGUCUGCAUUUGUGGACCUGCAUAGAGGUGUCUUUCUGUUUGUGUCAUUAAAACUAUAACCUAUUAACUAUGUACAUGUGAGUAAACAGGCCCAGGGUGGGCGGCUGUCUCUAUUCUCCUGACCUUUGCGGCGUUCUUUCUUACUUUCUUUCCCUUCCCUAUGGGGGAUGCCUCGUCCCAAGAACUUAAUUUUUUUUUCUCCCUACUCCCUGUACCCCUCCAUCUUUGUCACCCACUUUGUGUGGGCCAAAGUGGCAUGUUUGUUGGAGGGAUUUUGUCUGUUCAAUCCCUGUUCGUACUCCAGAUUGGUGGUUAUUUGCUGAAGCAGAGCCUCUUUUGUGGGUGCUUGGGCCUGUUUCCAUGCCCUUGCUAUCUGGUUAUUGGCCGCCACAGGAUAUGAAAUAGUAAACGGGAGUCUGUUCUGUUGAGCUCUUCUAAACCCAUGAACAAGAGUCCACAUUCCGGUGUUAUUGCGAUCUCGCUACCUAGUGCCCUUCUCGCUAUGUCCUCCACCUCCCUCCAGUAUUUAGCUAUGAUUGGACACUUCCACCACAUGUGGUACAUCGAUCCCACCUCCCCUCGACAUCUCCAGCAUGCGCUGGAGGAGUUCGGGUAAAUUUUUGCCAGCCUCUCGGGUACCAUGUACAAGCGGUAUUGGAGUUUGUGCAUCUGCUCCAAGUGAGACGCGCAACUCGUCCUCUGUUUGUGUGCCAAGAAUGCUUGUCCCCAUUGCUGCUCAGUGAAAGUUUUCCCUAUGUCAGGCUAUUUUGAACUUGUCUGGAGGGCCUGUGGUCUGUUGGAUCAGCUUAUUGUAUAGGGUGGAUAACAAUUUCUUGUGCUGUUUUGUGGCUGUGCACAUCUGUUCAAUAUCCUUUGCCAUGGCUGUUGCAGUGUUAGUCGUAGAUCCCUGAAUCAUGGAUUUCACUUGGAGGUAUUGAAAGAUGGUGUUAUGUGGUAGGGUGUAUUUGCGCUGUAGGAUUGGGAAAUCGGCUAGUUUGUCUUUUUCGAAUAGGUGGCCUAUCGUGGUGCAUCCCUGUUGUGUCCAUGGGCGGUAGUUGAAAGUGGGGUUUACUAAGUGUAGGCUGUACAGGGGGGUCGCUCGUGCCCACCCCACGGUCUGCCCCCAGCGUUGUCUGAAAGUGUCCCAUAUGGUGAAUAAAAGUCGUGUAGUGGGCAGUACAUCUUGGUGUAUUUUCCUUUGUGUGUGGGGUAUCCAGAAUAAGUAGCUCAGGCUCAUGGGGCAUGCUCAAGAUGCCUCCAUCUCCACCCAAUGCGGUACCUCCUCCUGUGCAUGGGCCUGUAGGACAGUGGUCAGGAUAGCCGCUUUAUAGUAUAGUCUAAUGUCUGGCAUCCCGAGGCCCCCUUGUGCCUGUGGUCUGCUCAACACCUUCGCUGCCAGCCUAGUUUUUUGGUGAGCCCAUAUAAAGCCCGUUAUGAGCUUCUGCAAUUUAUCUAAGUAGAUUUUUGGUAUAUGGAUCUGUAGGGUUCUCACUAAGUAUUGAAAUUUUGGCAGAACUAUAAUUUUCACUGUGGCCAUCCUGCCCAGCCACGAUAGGAUAGUUUGCCGCUAACAGGUUUAUCUGUUUUUUUGUGAGUUUGAUCCCUAAGAACGGUGUAUGGUCUUGUCUCUAGUCUAAUGUGAAUGUUUUCUGUAGAAGAUCUAGUACAGUUGUCAAAAUCCCCACCCCCCUGGCUUGUGUUUUUGUAAUGUUUAGUUUGUAGUAGGAAUGUCAUCCAUAUAUAGUUAUUUCUUGUAGUAAGUUGGGGAGGGAGAUCUGUGGUUGCGUGAGCGUUAGUAAGAUGUCAUCUGCGAAUAGAUUUGUCGUGUAUUCCCUUUUGUUAAUCGUGACUCCGUGUAUUUUUGGGUUGCCUCUUAUCCUUGCCGCCAGGGGUUCCAGUGCCAAGACAUAUAGUUGGGGCAACAGGGGGCACCCCUACCUGGUGCCAUCCGUGAGUUGUAUGGGCUCCCCGAGUUUAGCACCUGGGCCCCUGGGGGGCUAUAUAGCGUUUCCACCGCCAAUACAAACCCCUCUGGGAUAUCAAACUUGUGUAGCACUUCGCGAAGGAAUCGCCAGUGUAGGUGAUCAAAAGCCUUCUCCGCGUCUAGAGAAACCAGCAAGCCCCCGUGUUCUGUUUUGCGGAGAUGGUGCAAGAUGUUUAGCACCUUUCUCGUAUUGUCAGACCCUUGUCUCCCUUUGAUGAAGCCCACUUGGUCGUUUUGAAUGAUAGUUGGCAAUACUGCCCCCAGUUGGAUUGCAUACACUGUGGCUAUGAUUUUGGCGUCUGUAUUUAGUAGGGAUAUGGGCCUGAAGUUCUGUGGUACCGUGGGCAGUUUCCUUGGCUUGGGUAGUGUUACUAUGUGCGCCGCUAACAUUUCAGGGGGUAGGGUUCUUUGCAGAACGGCCUGUGUAUAGCUUUUGACCAGGUAGGGUACCAGGGUGUUGCCAAACGUCUUAUAAUAUUCAUUAUUUAGCCCGUCUGGUCCUGGGGAUUUGUCCAAAGGCAGGGAUUAAUAUUUCCUCUGUACUUAUUGGUUUUGUGAGAUCUUGUUGUUGGCGGCUUGUGAGGCGCGGUAAGUGUAUGGCUUGGUUGUUCAGGGUUCUAGUGAUUUGGAGUAUGCGCUGACGCUUGUCGUCAGUGGGGGAUAUUUGGUUUUGGCUGGUUAUGUUAUUUAGUUCUUUUUGUAGCUCGAAUAUGUGCUUUUGUGCCUGUUUUCGGAGGUGUGAGGCCUGCCUGAUCAGUAGGCCUCUUACCACUGGUUUAUGGGCCAUCCAGACUGUCGUGGAUGAGACGUCCUGUGUCUCAUUUUCCACAAAGUAUUGUUUUAGUUGUGUUGUCAGAUCAGCCACGAACUGUGGACUGUGGAGGAGGGAAUCAUUAAUUCUCCAGGGGCUAUGGUGUUUGACGUCAUAGAGGUCGUUCAUUUCCAGGAGUACCGGAGUGUGAUCCGACCAUGUGAUAUGUGCUAUGUCAGAAGUCUUGAUCUGGUUAAGGUGGGAACCCGAGAGGAGGAACCCAUCUAUUCUGGAAUAUGAGUUGUGGACGUGUGAAAAAUGUGUAUAUGCUUUUUCCAAUGGGUGUGUGAUUCUCCAUGCAUCGUAAUAGUGGUAGACGUGCAAUAAUGUCUGGAGGGCUUUACUUUGGCGCUUGAGGGUUCUGUAUCUACUGCUAGUAUUGUGUAUGGUUGUGUCCAUGUUCGGGUCAAAAAUGUGGUUAAAGUCUCCACAGACCAGUGUUAUUCCUUGUCUUAUAGACGUCAAUGUUUGGCAUAUUUUGUGUAAAAAGUUCCUCUGGUUUUGCUUUGGUGCAUACAUGUUUGCAAUCGUGUAUUCCACUUCAUUAAUCGUUCCCACUAUCAUCAUGUAUCUGCCCAUGGGGUCUACAUGCUGUCAUUUUAGGGAGAAGGUGACGUAUCUGCUUAUCAAGAUAGAUGUGCCUUUGGACUUAGUCGGAGAGGUGGAGUGAAACUGAUACAGGUAUUCUAUAGCCAACACCUCUGGAUGAUCAUUCGUGCGGAAGUGGGUCUCCUGCACGCAGACCACGCCUGCGCUUUGUUUCCGAAGUUCUCGGGUUAAUAAGUGUCUUUUUUCCAGGAUAUUCAGUCCCCUUACAUUAUGUGUGUAUAUUUCCAUGUAGGGUCUAGCAUAUAUGGUUGUGCUGUGUAUUGUGAGUGUCUGUUUGUCUUGGGGUGGCUUGCUCCUCCCAGUGCAGACCAACCCCUGGGGUCCGUGUGGACUUCCCAUAGGUACUUUGAGUUAUGUCAGGUUUCCUUCCUACUCGCCUUCCCCUAUUGGCGCGAUUUCUAUCAGAAUCAGAGAUGGGAACUCCCACCUGGUCCUUGAUAUAGAUCCCAGUGUCAUGGGCAACAGGCCGCAUCCCGCUGGUUGUAACAGCAUAAUAACAUAACCAAACAAUAAAGAAAGUAUUUACAAUGUGAAAAUUUGCCCUGUUUAUGGCUAGGCACUUCAUCCAGGUGCCUUGGGGGUAGGAGCUCUCUGCUCCUAUGCCUGGGAGAGUAUGCGCUUUGCGCUGGCCAGUCUAGCUAUGGCAACUUAUCUUUUUUUUGUUUUGUUUUUUUGUACGAUUAACCCUUCCUGUGUUUCGUGUUAGUUAUUGACUUACUGGGUUCUCUGCAUGUUAUCUCACUGGGAUCGCCAUCCCUCUAAAUAUGUGGUAUACCUCCUAUUCUACUUAACAAUCCUGACUGCCCUAAGAUUUUUGUCUUGCUCUGUUUUUAAUAGUUAGUAUUGCAGGAUUGGAGUUGGGUAUUAGUAAGCAUUUAAACAAGAGACAUUUACAGUAAUUCCAGCAUAACCAGCAAUACAGUGUUUAUACUUGCGGCUUACCUCGGAAUGUUAUAGGAGGCCUUAUCUGGCGCCAUGCCUAUAUAGUCUAUGAGUGCUUUGCUCUUUUCCAGUCCGGUACCAGUCUUUUCGGGUCCUUGGCCAGUUGAUUCUAGGGUGCCCCCGCAAUGCCCCAUUCCUUCAAUAUGCGGGCGCCUUCCUCUGGCGUAGAUAUGGUUAUAUUCUUGCCUAUUCUCUGUACCAGCAGCUUGACUGGGUAUCCCCAUCGGUACACAAUGUGUUGUUCCCGGAGCGCUGCAGUAAUGUCUUGGAAUGCUCUUCUUUGUUUGAGGGUAAAUGCUGAAAUGUCCACAAACAACAGGAUGCCUUGGUACUGCUCCGGUCAGUCCCUGCGGGUUCUGCUACUUUUCAAUAUGGCCUCUUUAAUGUGGUAGUAGUGCUGGGAGCAUCUGAUGGGAGGAACUUGGGCCUCGCCGUCCUGUGGAUUCGAUCAAAAAGGAGCAUGUCUUGCGGUAUGUCAGGCAUUAGUGAUCUCAGGUAUGCCGUGACAUGCGAUGUCAAGUCUUUUAUGCCCACCUCCUCUGUUACUCCUCUCAGCCGCAAAUAAUUUUUUACCUCUUGUGCCAAGAUGCGCUCUGCCAUUUGCGCCAUAUCAUUAUGUGCCUCUUCAGUGUCGGCCAUUUUUUCCUCUAUCCGGGAGGUUCUGGAUCCAAGAUCCUCCUCCUUGCGUAGAUCUCCUAUGGUAGCUUGCACACUUUUCAUUAUUUUUGUGGACAUCUCGUCCAGCAUGUCUUGCCUGUGUAAGAGGCCCCUACUAGGUGUGAGCGCAGGAAGCUGCCUCGUGAGAGUCAUCUUGGUUUCCCGCCAUUUGCGAUUGUUUUGUCUGACCUGUCUCUUCGUCUUAGGGUAAGACAUUGCGGUAGUGUAUGGUGUUUUUUGCUGUUAAUGUGUGAGGCAAUUGCUCAAAUUAGGCCUUUUGGCACGGAGCUGCUGCUACAUGCGACUUCUCCUGUUGGUGUCCAGGCCACGCCCCUCCCAUAAAUAUUUUUUACAUCUGUGGAACUGUCACAAUUUAUCCAUUAAAAAAGACACUUUACAAGACCCAUCUACAACUCUUUACAAGACCACACCUUGAAUGUGCUGUGCAAUUUUGGGCACCUGUUCUAAAGAAAGAUAUCAUGGCACUAGAAAAAGUGCAGAGAUGAGCUACAAAAUUAAUAAAAGGAAUGGAGCAUUUUAGUUAUGAAGAAAGGUUAAAAAAUUUAAAUCUGUUUAUUUUGGAAAAACAGCGUCUGAGAGGGGAUAUGAUAACAUUAUACAAAUAUAUUCAGGGCCAGUAUAAACUUUUAUCUGGAAAUCUAUUCAUAAACAGGGCUAUGCAUAGGACACAAGGUCACACAUUUAGGCUGGAAGAAAGGAGAUUUCAUCUAAGGCAAAGAAAAGGUUUUUUUUACAGUAAGAGUAAUCAGGAUAUGGAAUUCUCUGCCUGAAAAGGUGGUUUUGUCAGAGUCUGUACAGAUGUUUAUACUGCAAUUGGAUAAAUACUUGAAAAAACAUAACAUACAGGGAUAUAAUUUCUAAUUAGUGGGGUAAUAGCUGCUUGAUCCAAAGAGACAUCUGACUGCUAUUUUGGGCUCAAAAAGGAAUUUUUUCCUAGUUUGUUGCAAAAUUGGAAGCGCUUCAGACUAGGUUUUUUGCCUUCUUUUGGAUCAACAGCAACAACAUAUGUGAGGAAGGCUGAACUUGAUGGACGCAAAUCUCUUUUCAGCUUUGUAACUAUGUAACUAUGUGACUUGGAAUAGCUGACUUGCUCAAUUCCCCAAAUUGGCUAAAGGUACACUAGUCAUGUUUCUACUUCUUUCGUAAAGCAUAACUUUAGCAUUCUGAAUAUGUAUAAUUGGAGGCACUAUUAUUGACUUCUGGUUUAUUAUUAUUGUUGUUUUUUGGUUAUGACACUCAACAGAAAAUUGUCUCCUGACUGCUACUUGUCCAUUAGCAAGUCAAAAGGGCCAUAGGGAUGCUGACAAGAGCAACAAAAGGUGUGCACCCAUCAAGUCUGGGAAAAAGUGCAACAUUUCACACAUGACCAGAGGGAUUUUGGCUUAACAGGACAGGAUCUUAUUUAUAAGUAACCUUAUCUAUAAUCCAUUUCUUAACAGAUUUCUCAUUCUUUUGAUUUGACAGCUAAAUUUACCCUGACAAUGCUCUAAUUAGCCAGUACACAUUUCGUAUAGCAGGGCAACUUGGAAUUGUUGUAAUCAGCCAUACCACCUCUGCUAGUUAACCAUUUAAUGCAUCCACUGCACACACCAUAUUUAAUAACAAUAUUUCUACAUUGAAACAAUGAAUCACUCUAUAUUGUAAGCUCUUUUUAGAAGGGUCCUCUUCAACCUAUAAUUCCUGUAAGUUUUUGUAAUUGUCUCAUUUAUUGUUCAAUCUCCUCCUAUAAAAACUCUACCCCUGAUUGUUGGAGAUGCAGGACUGGCCAUGGUACUGUACUGUGAGUUAGUUCAGGGUUUUGGGUAAAAUAUAAAUGAAUUCAUUACGAGUAAAUUGCAGACAUGUAUUGUGACAAAUGCUCUUUUUCAUGGACGUUUGCCACAGACUCCUGGAGGAGUGUGGAAGCUGGCUUCCUGCCCACUGACUAUGGUCCAGGUUGGAGACCCCGUUCCUGAGUUACCCUGCCAGACGCCCUUAGCAGCUUUUCCUCUGUGCCCCUGGUUCUGCACUUUUCCUUCUCACAAAUUGAACUGAACACUAGCUCCCUGGUGGCUGUUCGCAUGAACAAACCCACGAACGGUCCUCAGUGGUACUUAGCCGCGACUGCUAUGGAACUGUUGUUGGCAUGAGGACUUUGUAGUUCCUGGCCACCUCAGCGAUACUUAGCCACAAAUGUUAUGCAAUUGUUUUCGGCUAGGUGACCUUGCAGUUCCCGGGAAACUUGGUCCGGGGUUUUGAACUACUUUGCGAUCUGCCAGGAGAGGGCUUUUUGAAGGGAAGAUGCCUGAGACUAAGGGGAACAAAUGCUCCCUGAGAGCCAGGCAGAGCACCCCGUAUUUUGUCCACAGGAGCUCCUGAAAGUUGAUCAGUCAAAGCAGUAAUCGCUCUGGAACUAUUUUAGGCAUAGGACUACUUGUGCAGAAGGUCCACUGAAUGGAUCUGAGCGCUAGUUGGACAACUUGGGCACUCAAAUAAGGGCUGUUCAGGGAUGUAGGACAUGUGGGGUUAUUUAUGUUUUUAUUGUGUUUUGGGUGUACUUUUAUGUUUUCAUGUUUUCGUGGCUCUCUGUUCCUGGGAGAUAAUUAGCUUACCGGUCUUUAACUCCCAGGCACAAAGAUCUCUGGGAAGGGUUUGUAUUGUAUACAAUAGAGACCCCAUGAUGGAGGCUAUGUAUAAAUUCUGUGUGCCCUGCCUGAAUAAAUCAGUUAAUUUUCACCCUUCACUGAGUCUAGGCUACUGUUUGGGUGAACAGGUUAUACAGCCAUACUCUCUGCAGGAGAGCAUAAUCACUUGAAGCUGUACCCCCGGAACCUGUUCCAGGAGAGAUCCCAGCCAAGCUGCGGUGGCUUCGGGCUGAAGCACCCAGGUUGUCCUGGUGGAGAGCUAGGAAGCUAGCUGUCACAGCCCCCGGCUCGCGGCUGCACGUGGUCGCAUCUGAUCAGUGCGACCAAUCUGACAGACUGGAGGACUUACCUGUUCAGCAACGAGCCGGGGAGCCAACCAGCUGGGGCAUCCGUCCCCUCCACACGCGGGAGCCAUAAUGGCACUGACCAUGAGGUUGCAGCCAUUUGUAGCUCCACCUCCAAAGGUGACAUUGACGCACAUGCACGUUCUGGGGUCAGAGGCCAAUCACAGCCCAAGGAGGAGUAUUUAAACCCCUGAAUUUUCCUAGCUCAUUGCCCUGUCAUGAUUUCUGUUCCGGGUUCCCGAGAGUGCGUUUUCUUGCCAUUGAUAUUCCCGUUUUUCUGACUUUGGCUAUUCCUGACUAUUUUGAUCUCUGGUUUCCCUGACUUGGCUUUUUUAUCGAUCUUGUGUAUUUCUGGCUUCCUUGAUCUUGGCUUUCCCUUGUCGAUUCUCUGACUUUCAAUGUAUUAAUCUGGCCAUUCUAAGGACCAGUUUACGUUCUAUUUUUCUAUUCUAUGUAGAUGUUACAUAGUUUUGCAUGUUGGAUCACAUUAGUAGUCGUGGCGCUAGCUUGACAGAUGUACUCAGUCGGGGUGACAGGUGAUCCAUCACAUGUAUCACUUAUAAACCAGAAUGUUUUCUAUUACAUAUCAUCCAAGAUUUAGACUCCAUUCACACUCAUGUUGUUAUAUUGAACCUCUUAGCUGCGGCCAAGAUUACCAUUGCUUUUCACUGAAAAAAGCCAGGUGUCCCCCUCGGUGAGGGAAGUUAUUCAGAAUGUAGACUCAACAAGUCUUUAUGAAAAUAUGUACUUUUGCCAGAUGGGGAAAUUGAAAGUCUACAUCACGAAAUGUGGUAUUUGGGGAAAUAUAAACUAGAUGCUGCAUAUGCACCCUUAGUGGUAUGACCCUUCCUCUAGAUCUUGGAUAAUUCUGUUAAUUUAUCUACCCUUAGGGAGUCUUCUGGUGAACUACUUGGGCAUAAUCAAGUUAGGUACAAUAGACUCAUAGCUCAAUCUCACCACAGUAAGGUAUUACCUCAGGCAGGUGUUAAUGAUGUCCUACAGACUACUAGUAACAUCCAGGACAUGGGGGACGCUACUUUUAAACUUCUAAACUGGCACUCUGUUCCAUAGUAUAUACCAAGACCGGCAUGAAAUAAUUACUCUUUGUACAUGGACCAAUAGAGUAUUGAUAAUUGUUGCAUUAUGUCUCUCAAGCAAAUUCUCCUAUGUUUUAUUUGUUUUAUUUAUGUUACAUUAUUGUUGUGGACCGCCUGGUACCCUGGCUGGGUAACUCUGCCAAACUCACUUCCUAGCUAGCACAAGGACACCCACAGCGCUUCAGACCCUCAGUGACCACAGCUUGACUGAGGUCGAGCCAGAGUUUCCCACCCUUGAACAGGGUCCUGUGUUACAGCUCCAAGUAAUUAAGCUCUUCUGCAGUGAGUAUAGCUAUAUAGCUGUCUCAUCCAAGCAGUAGCCGAGACUUAAUGAAGGGUGAAGUAGAACUGUUUUAUUAGGUCAAACCAUACAUAAUUUUUACACAAAUCCUCAGUAUGGGGUCUCCAUUCAUUGUACGACAAGUCUGCCCAGGCGCCUCUGUGUCUGGUAGAUAAUUCAGUCAGAUAUCGGUUAAGCUAACUAUAUCCCGGACACAGAGAGAGCAACACACAAAACACGCCAAAACAUACAUAAAAUAACUGAGCACCCUACAUGUCAUAUGUCCCUGAAUGCCCAAUCUGUCCAAAUAGUGCCCAGAUGGGUGGUGGCUGGCCCAAUUUGGAUGGAAGUCAAAGCUUUAGCGGGCUACGGCUGCUCUCCGAUCCAGCGCAGGGUUUAAUGGCAUUGGCGUGAAAGUCUCGGUCGCCCAAAACAGCGGCACAUUCCUUGGGUUCAUCUAGCUCCCCCAAGUUCAGGUUAUCAUUGGAUGCCUCAUCACCUCCUCUAUCUCCCCUCCAAAAAGCACCUUGCUAGGAGGUAUUGGGACCAAAAGCACUCCAAAGUUUCAGCAGAAUUGCGGUGUAGCCAUAAACCACUCUAGAGUUCCAUGGCAUUUGGAGUUUGCUCCCGGUCAGUCAUGCCAUGUCUCUGGAGCCUCCCUGUGGGUCUGUAGUAGUUCUGGGGCUGCUAGGAAGGGUGCUGAAGAGGAGGCAUGGCUGGUAGUGAGUAGUAUAGCGAAUAUAGCUCUUUCCAGAGGAGGUGGAGGGUUGGAGAGCCAGGCAAAGUCAGGCAAGGUGUCCGGGUGGGUAAAUUUGUAUUUUUAAACAGGACAAAGGUCUCUGUGGUGAGGUCCAUAGUCCUUACGCAGGAGUCUAGCUAUCAUGCUCCUCCAGGAGCUCGUGGCAUAGGUACGUUUGUAACAGUUAUAUUAUGUUACGUAAAUGCCGCAUUUUAGUUACCUCACUUUACUUUACUUCACUUCAUGUGAUAAAAGUCCACUAGGCUAUCACGCUUAAUUACUGUAUUGUACCCCUCUCAUUCACAUCAUAAGAGGGUUUCCUAUAUAAGACCACAAAGUUAUGCUUGUUAUGCAAAAUGUACCACUGUGAUUAUAAUGAUAUGAUGUAACAGCACUUUUAUGUUAAAAUUCUCUGUGAUGUAAAAUUCCUUUCGCUAAUUCUUUGACUGUACCAUUGACAUACGAUGACUUGUACAUGCCAUAAUUUUGUAUUUUAAAAACAAAUAAAAAGUAACCAUUGAAAAAAAAUAGAAGUGGUUCCAGAAUAGAACUCUGAGGGACACCACUUUUGUCCACCUUGAAAGUUUGCCAUUAAUGAAGAACAAGAAUUUUCAUCUGGGCCAAGUUCAUUUAGUUUAAAAACUAACCUAUUGUAUGGAACCAUAUCAAAUGCCUUUGCAAACUGCAAGUAGAUCACAUCCACUGCAACACCCUGAUCUACACUGCUACUUUUUUGUAGAAUGUAAUUAAGUUAGUUUGACAUGACCUAUGUUUCAUAAAACCAUGCUGAUUUUUGCUAAUAACAAUUUUCUUCCAAAUUAAUUCCUGAAUAUUAUCCCUUCAAUUAAUUAAUAACCCUUCAAAUAUUUUACCAGCCACAGAAGUUAAGCGCAUAGGUUUAAAAUUGCCAGACAGACAUUUUGAACCCUUUUUGAAUAUAGAAUCACAUCUGUCUUCCUCCAAUCCACCGGUACAGUUCCCGAAAGAAAAUAAUCCUGAAAGAUAAAAAACAGAGGUUUAUUUUUUACACAAAUAGCUCCUUAAGUUGUCAAGGGUAAAUACCGUCAGGUUCCGGAGCUUUGUUUAAAUUAACUUUCUUUAGUUGCUGUAGCAGCUUGUCAAAAAAAAUCUAAUUUUUUUCUGCAAUUUUAAUUUGCACAUUUCUUGACAUAGGUUCCUCCUUAAUAUACACUGAGGAAAAGUAGUUAUUAAAGAUGUCUUUAUUAACAAACUGUGGUGGUAUACCAUGAGUAGCUGGGUUACUACCGCCUAGGUUGUCUCAUCCCACAGUGAUUAAACUCUCCUGCAAAAUGUACUGCUGUCUCACUCAAGCACUAGCUGAGACUUAGUGAAGGGUGAAAAUUAACUGUUUUUAUUGAGGAAAGCACACAAAUUUAUACCCAAACCCUCAGCAUGGGGUCUCUCCAACCGAGUACCUGCACCCAGUCCGCAUCCUUGCUGCUUAGAGGGACCCUGGAGCGCUUCAACCCCAGUCACUAAGGCUUGACUGGGGUCUCUCUGGAGCUUUUCCACCAGACCAGGCUGCAGCUCUCCUUCCAGACAGGUAUUGUCUUCACUGCCUAUUAAAAACAUGGCGUUUUUCGUGGGUACAUGGAGCUCCCUCAAGUCCUUGGUAUUGUUUGAUGCCUCUCCACCUUCUCUGUUAACCUUCCAAAGAGCACCCUGAUUGAGUAACCUGGGACCGAGAGCGCUCUAUUUAAAAUUUUAGUGGACCACGGUGACUCUGUGAUCUGCAAUAGAGUUCCUGGACGAUGAGUCCAAUGAGAGUCCCUCCCGGUCAGACGUACAAUGUCUCAGCAUCCCCUCUGGCAGAGGCUGGGCGGUUCUGGACAGCCAGGUAGGGGCACUGGCCUGGGAAACAUGGGUUGAAGGGUUAGUUCAGAAUUAUAUAGUCCUUUUAGUGGAGGUAGAGGGGCUGGGAGCCAUGACCAGAGGGUAACACUAACACACCUAUUGCUUUUCAGUAUACCUACACUUUCACGUUUUUGUUGUUUUUAAAUGUAUUUACAUAAAAAAAUGGGGUUGGUUUUGCACUCUUUGGCUGUGACGUUCUCAUUUUCUUGUUUAGCCAAUCUUACUACCUUUUUACAUGUAUUAUUAGCUUUUGUUAUAUCUUUUUAUUUAUUUAUUUUUGUUGUACAAGUAAGUACAAGGCAAAGUCAAACGCCACAACAGCAUACACUUAUACAGAAACAAAUCUAUACGCUACAUAGUGGCAUGAAAAAAAUCCACACAUUUUUGUUUUAUAGGAACAAGUUUAACUAGUUGACAAGUCUCAGAUUUGAGUAGCUUUGUUAUUGAGGUUAGCAUGAUAUGCGUGCAGUACAAUAGAUGAUUUAAGUAAAACAGGCAUGUAGCACAUGCAAACUAUUUUCUAACAACAUGGUAGUAGCUUGCAUAAUAGUUAUAGCGUGUGUGUGAAAGCUGGUCAAAUGCAUUUGGGUGUAGAAAACAUGCAAGGCGCUUGAAGCUUAUUAAACUACGUUAAAGUAUAGCAUGCUAGUAUGGUUGAGCUAAGUAAGUUUAAAACCACUAGAGCUGAGCAGACCUCUGUGCCAAAACAUAGUUAUGUGAGAGGCUGAGCAGAGAGAGAUAGUUAGAGUGAGCAGAGUGGCUAAAGUGCGAGUCUGUGACCAUUAGAUCUUAAGGGGGCCAUGUUAACCUGAGAGCUGCUGUCUAUUGCUGAGCCAAUGGUUAUGGUGGGCUGUGAUUCUCUGUGUUGCAUAGCGUCGCCCAGAGUUCACUGUCCUUGGUGAAGUGGCACAAAGGCUUGCCAGAGCAUGAAGUCAUGGGGGACCCGAAGGCCCUAUCAAGCAUCUUUGUUAUUCAUCUGGGUGGCAGUGCAGCUCCCCAUUCCAGGCUUGAUUUUCGGCCAGGUUCACUGCUUAGCAGGCUAGUCAGGAAAUCGGUAAGUCCGUUUGGUAAAGCUGUAUUGCGGCAUGGUCUCACAGCUUCCCUCCAGCUCCUGGCCCCAGCAUGGGUCGUCUGUUGUGAACAGAGGGUCCCAUGACUUGCACAGCUCCACACACUACCUUCCUGUCGUGGGCAAUCAGUAGAGUCUAUGCUGGAAUCGCCGUGAGGUCUGCUGCUUGGGCAGGUGAUAUGGCUUCCUCUCGUAAAGGCUCAGUGGUGCCCGAGCCAUUGGUGGAGCAUCACGGGCCAUCACCAUCUUGCGAGUUAGGCCUAAGCAGGUGUUCAGCCUUCUCCCAGCCCAAGCUCUCUUCAGUGGGGACCGGGAUGACCCCCCCGGCCCAGAGGGGGGGACGCGGGACCGGCAGGCCUGUCGAUAAACCGGCGUGUGGUGGCCCGAACUGGAGGCAGGGGAGCGGCUGUCCACCCAGCUCCCCUCCUGAGUAGGCCACAGUCCCCGAAGCCUCGUGCCUCCCUCAGAGGACCCGAAACUCCCGAUCUCGGGGUCUGCCACCUCCUCCACCACUGUGUGGAUGUCUCGAGGCAUCCUUUCUAGUUGGUGCUUGCACCAGUUGUCACAUUAAGGUUUCAUUUAACAGGAUCAAAAACCUGAUUUUCCUUGCUGAACUACUAGUUCUUCUAUCCCAACAUAUGCCUGGGUAAUUAAAAUCUCCAUCAAUCUUCCUCAUUAAUGUUUACAUUAGGAGGUUUAUAACAUAUCCCAACCAAUAACUGAUUUCCCUUCUUUUGACUGAAGCAGAUAUCUGCCCAUAAAGCUUCCACAUUUUCUGAUCUUGUCUCUAAACCCAUAUCUAACCCACUUGUGCUGAGUUAAAGUCCAUCUAAUGUGUGUCCUAUCUUCAUUUUGUAUAUUUUACAAAAUCUUUAAUUACCUUGCUGGUUUAAACUCCCGUUUUUCAACUCCUAUUUAAAUAUAGCCUACUUAUAAGAGACUACUUUUAAAUAACUGCAAGUGAGCUUAGAAAUAUGAUGUUAUUUUACACAUUGGUGUGAUGUUGGGGGGUUGCUGGACAAUAACAUGUCCACCACUCCCUUGAUUUUUCAAUAGCACACACCAGCUCCCCCUUUUUAACUUUUUAAUUGCUCUCAAGUUGGGCAAGGGACCGAAUAAGUUCCAGGCCCUCCCCUGAUAAUAUAUUAGCCACAUCCCCAUGCACCCUUGCUGCCAAGUUGCUGAAUGGUGGUCUCCAAACAUUGCAAGAGGUACAAAUAAAAAUGGAAGACCACCAAUUAAUCAGUAAGCUCACCGCCACUGUCCCUAUGUCCCUAAUUCCUUAGAUAGAUUCCACAGUGUGUGGGUUUACUUGGGAUUAGUACAGUGACGAGAAUAUGAAUUUUAACUAUUUUGAGGGUCUAUCUCGCAGUAGUAGAUUGGUAGCUUUAGUCCCAUCGACAAGUACAUUUUUCUUAAAAUUCCAAAUAUGUUUGAUGCAACAUUUUCUUUCAUUCACAGGAGCCAUCUACAAAGAUGACUGCGCUAUCCAGCCAUAUAUACCAAUUUACCUGAUCGUUGGAGGUGCUGCACAUUUCCUGGGUUUUUCUUUGAUUUUUUUCAGACUUGCAUGCCAGACAUUCAACAUAUUUUUAGAAGGUUUAACUAGUUUGUUGUCAUUUGUUUGGUUUAUUUCAGGUAAGCUUCCAAUGCAUUCCAUGGACUAGCAAGAAGUCAUUUGUUUAACUUAAAAUAGCAAAAUAUUCAAGAUGAAGAGAGGAAGUUGUAAGAAGUAAAAGAGGGAAUGCAAAAAUGCCCAUGGAGAAAGGAAACAUAAAAACAUUUAGAGAUUUUAAUUCUUCAUCUAUCUGUCUGUCUGUCUGUCUAUCUUUUUUCAGUCUGUCUAUUUAUUGAUUAAUAAAAUGCAUACAGGCAUACCCCACUUUUAAGUACACAAUGGGACCAGAGCAUGUAUGUAAAAUGAAAAUGUACUUAAAGUGAAGCAAUACCUUUUUUCAAUUCCCAAUGUAUGUAUUGCAUUGUAAUAGUAAUUUACAGGCAUAACUAAUACUGCAACUGCAGAUUUCCAGUGAUUUUAUUCCAGAUUGUACCAUUUCUCUUUAAUGUUUUACUCAUCUGAUAACCUUAAACUGGGAGGAAAAGUAAAAUAAACCUGCUCACUGUGCAAUUUUCUGCCAAUACAGUGCCAAUUUGUAUAUGUUAUCAGCUUAGUUGCACACUUUGUUUAGAAACACCUCUUCAUCACUUUAAGCAUUUAUGGUUUAACUUUGAAUCCUCAGAGUUGUGGCUAAUGCAGCUAAGCUGCUAAGUCAUAGUUAUAGAAAAUGGCAGGGUAAACCCUUUCACUGGAUGACAGCCGAUUGCAGAAUAUGGACAAUGUAGGGGCAGAAAAAAUAUAUAUGUGUUCAGCUAGGAGUAGGCAUUAUAAAUUUGAGAUGAUUAACCUGUGCCAUGUCAGAAGGUGUGAAAAGUUCUUGCCCCAGAAACAAUGAACUGAGGUGCUCCGGGCGUGAAUAGAACCUUCCAUUUCCUGUUCACUCGCGGACAGAAGAGGCGCGGGAAUGUCUGUACUCGCGAGGCACCUUUACGUACACUCGCGGGUAUGUCUGUACUCAUGAGUGUACUUAAAGUGAGUGUAUGUAAAGCGGGGUAUUGUACAAUCAUUCCAUAUUCUGGAAAACAAAAGGGGGAAGGGUAUGGGAUAAAAGUUACAGGUAUAAAAAGGCAAAAAUUAUGGACAAUCUACAGAAGUUGUAAGUAUAUGAGCACAUAUUUUCUCUGUAUAGCAGUGUUUAACUAAGGUUGAAUAUAAUCUAUAAAAGAUAGAUAAGAUUUAGUUUUGCUUGGGAAUUGUUGGAUAUAUUGAAUCUUUGCAUGUUGUUCUCAUACUUUCUAUUAGUUUGCACCUAUAGGAAACCAAACCUUUAGCAAAUGGUUUGACUACUUACAAUGGAGUGGUGCUAGGAUAUUACAGACACCAUGCUACAGUGCCCUAUAGUGGUAAUGGUGCUUGCAAUGUUCCUUUAAUUACUUUCUUGACCCCCAACUUAAAGUGGCUUUGUCACCUCAAACAAAGCUUUCUCCUAUUGAUUUCUCUUCUCUCCCUUUUUAAAAAUAUGUUAUUUUUUCUCUUUAUUUCUGAUCUAUUUCUCUUCAAAGCAUAAAACAAAGAGGGACUACUUUGUCUACAGUAUUUUUCCUACGCCUGACAAUUGUGAGAAAAGGGUGGAGCUUAAGGCAAGCUCCCUACUUUGUCUUAUGUUUUUAAAGAGAAAUACAUCAGAAAUGAAUAAAAGAAGAACAGAUUCUGAAAGAGGAAGAGAAGAGGAAACCAAGGAAGAAAGAUAAGUUUGAGGUGACAGUCACUAAACUCCUGACCAUUAUCUCCCAUUUUGUAAUGUAGCAUUGGAAAAAGUCUAUACUGUGUCACUUCAUGGCUGCAAUACCUACACCACAAUGAGGGUUGUACAACAACUAUAUGAUGUAAUUAGUUUUCAUAAUAUCUGGAACCCCUGGAUAAAAACCUGCACAAUCCUCACUGUUCCAUGAAACACUUUUUAUUUUCCUCUUCUCUUUCUUUUCCCUUCUCUCGCCCUUACCUCUCUGCCCUGGCAGUGGACUCCCAGCUUUCUGGUUAAUAGUAUUUAAGGCAUUCAUGUCUGGUUUAUAACUCAUUAUAUUGAUUUGACUUAUAUUUUUCAGGAAGUGUUUGGGUUUUCAGUGUGUACACCAAGUAUGAAGGCCAAUGCAACCAGCAUCUUUACUUAUUUGCUUUUGGUAUCCUGCUAGUGCAGUAUGUUCAAAUUGGACUAUUAAUGAUUUGUUCCUGUUGUUGCUGUUCACCAAGAUCAAACUCAUAUGAGAGGUAAUAAUUUAAUUCACUGUCUAUCUUAACCCUUCCUCAUAAGGGGGAAGGGUAUGGGCCAUAGAUGUGAAAUGGGUGGUGUGGCUGAAUUACUGGCAUUUCAGCCUGGUCUAAAGGUAUGCCAGGCUUCCUGACAAUAUCUAAGGCCAGACCACUGCGGGUAGACCCUGCAGGGAGCUCUGUGUUUCAGCAAUCUGUGUAGGGUCCUAGUGCCACGACCAUUUCAAGAGCGUAUCUAAUGAUGUGCUUGCACUAUGCUUGUUGGGGACAGUUCUCUGGUGUCUUCAAAAGCAAAAAGAACACAAAAAUUGGAACGUCCUCCGAAAAAUGGGGUGGUUAAGAGGCUAGCUUAAUCUCACUUAACUACUUAAUGUUAAGCUUAAUAUUUCUCUAAGUGAUAGGGCCAGAUUUACAUCUCAAAGAUAUCUAAACUUUGUUUUUAACCCUGGCGUAGCAAAAUACAGACAGGACCAGGCAGUUUUAAACAAGGGCACUUUAUUGUCACAGAAGCAGUUAGGAACUGAAUGUAUCUCAUUUUCCAAAAUGUGGCAAAUCUAUUUUAGAAAAACAGUACAGCUGAAAGAGAAGAAUGUUUAAUAAGACUAAAGGGGCUAUUCAUUAAAGACAGGAUCUUGCCUAAAAAAAACGAAUUUCGACUGCAAUGGCAGUUCUCAUAUUUACUAAAGCCAGUUGUGAUCAGGAUUCAGUCAGGUAGAGAGAAUCUACAGGCAUCACCCAAAUUCUUUUGGUGUUCAGAUUAAAAUAUAUAUAUUUUUUGUGUGUCAGAACCCUGUAGAAAACAUAGGAUUCGGAAGAUUUACAAAACGCCAACUUAACUAAAAUUCUAAACCAAAUGAAUCUGGUAGGAUGCACAUUCGCAAAUUAUCAUUCACUUGCUUUUAUGCAAGUAAACAAUAAUUAUUAUUUGCCCUCUGGUAAGCUAUAUACCUCAUCUACCAAUCCUACUUUUCAGUAUGUUAUUGAAAGUCUGAAAUAAAAAAAUAUUACAUAAAGGACACUAGAGCUCAUGAAUAGAUAAUAUUUAUAGCUUUUAUAUUAGUUGUUUUGUGUUUGCGUGACUGUCUUUUUUUUCUUUGUUCAUAAGUGUCUUCUUUUUCAAAUGAAUGAUUUUUAUUUCUCAUUUUCUUUCAGCGUUUGAUGCAACACAUGUAAAUAUAAACCGUCAAAAUAUGCAACAUACAUUAUGUACCAUGUUCUUCAAUAAAAUGUUUUUGUGGAAUAAAAUUAUUAGCCAAGAUAGCUAAAGGGAAGCUAUAAUCACCAAAACAACUUUAGUUCAAUGAAGCAGUUUUGGUGUAUGAAUCAUGCCCCUGAAGUCCUACUGCUCAAUUCUUCAAUUAUCAUUUAAGUAUAAGAAUACAUUUUUACUAUUGGUUACAUUUCUUUCAUAAUUAUGGAUGAUCUACUUGUGACAGACUCUCCUUUUCCUUUCAUAUGGAUUCUUCUUUUGUGUUCCUGGGAGCAGCUGAUCCAUCUUUUUUUCUGCAGUGAAAAGACUGGAGGGCCUGACUCUACUGACUCUCUUAUGGACUUAUCAGCCAGCACAGACGAUAACAGACUCCUGCAUAAAAACUGUGUUGCACAAUGCCAUCUGUUUGCAGAAGGUUUUGUGUCACAGCUAUGCACACUGUUAGGAGUGUUUGCAUAUUAUGGCAAUGCAGGCAAAAUGCUAUGGCUUGCUUUGUUUAUGUUUCCCUGACUCCCCAUCCUUCUGGCAGUUUUAUUUUAUGUCGUGUUGUUGCCUAUGCUUUCCAAUGAAUUCAAAAUUAUAAAGUUAAUAUAGAAAUAAUAUACAUAAAAAGACUAAUAAGUGACCGGAGCAUCUGUAUCUCACCCAAUAGUAUCAUACCCACUUCUCCAAACAUUAAUACAUGCAAAACAACAAUAAAGUGAAAAGUGCACAGUGAUAUAAACCACUUAAAGGGACACUAUAGUCGUCAAAACAACUUCAUCUUAAUUAAACAGUUUUGGUGUAUAGAUCAUGCCCCUGCAGUCUCAGUGCUCAAUUAUCUGUUUAUGAACCCUCCCUGCAUGUGACUUGCACAGUCUUCCAUAAACACUUUUUUUUUUUUCAUGCAGGCUGUGUCAAUCAGAGCCAGGGAAGGUGUUUCAAGUGUUUUAUAAACAGAAACACAGUGAUUUAAUUCCUAAAUGGUAGUGGAUUGAGCAGUGAGGCUGCAGGGGCAUGUUCUAUACAACAAAACUGUUUCAUUAAGCUAAAGUUGUUUAGGUGACUAUAGUGUUCCUUUAAUGAAUCAUAUAGUAUUCAUGUACAACUAUUUUCUACAAAAUAAGUAGAAAAAUAUCUCUCACAGUGUAGAUGCAUAAUUAUCGUCUCUUAUUUAACAUCCACUUGGGUUAUUCACAUUUUUCUGAGUCUCUAAUGUUGGCUCAAACAUGAUAGUACAUAUGCAAAUGUUUCCUCAAUAUCUCCCCAGAUCUCUGUACUUUACAUCACUCAGCAGGACAUACUGCUCCUCACCAACCAUAUACCAGACAACUGGUUUAGCAAGGUAAAGUGCUUAAAGGAACUCUAUAGGCUUCCAGACCACUUCAUUUUUGAGUGCCAAGGAGGGUUUUAGCCCUGCAGUUGAAAACAUUGCUGUAUUGCUUCAUUGCAGUGUUAACCUGAUCUGACUUUUUUUUUUUAUUGCAUUUAUCACAUUAACUUUGCAUUAUAUAUAUUCACAGUGCUCUUACAACAAAUUAUUUAAAAACGCUGUAGCUCAUUUAAUUUAUUUAAAAAAAAAACUAUUCAAUUUGUCUUCCACGUUUUAAUUAGUGUAGGACCCACAGAUAUUGGGGUAUUGUGAAGUAGUGGUGGGCUUAACACAAUAUGACCAUAAGGUGGAACUGAAUAGCCAUAUCUGUUUGCUGACAUAUGCGAUUUUAAGUAGCCUUAUAAUAUGUAAAGUUUUAUUUAAAAAAAAAACUUAUGGCACAAGUUUAAAGAAACUAAUAUGUACCUACAGAUUUGGAAACUAUCUAAACAUUGCCUCAUAUAUUAUGUUUGUGAUUGGACUGCUGUACUCUCAGAACAAAAGAAUGUUAACACUGGGUGAUUUGACAUUAAAGUGAUGGAACUUGCUACUAAA